ACCGCCACUCGAAUUUCCCGGUGGAUGCUUCGAAGGAAACACCGAACAACCGCCAACCUGAAGCAGGACGAGGACAGAAAUAUUUCGCGAUACUUGGACAGCUUUCUGUCUCAAAUCCGACAUCCUGUCAACAGGAUAAUUCGACGGAACGACAUUCGAAACGAUGAAGUGACAAAGGAAGAAUCAACGAGUGGUUCGUCGAACAAAGAAACCACGAGACCAGAAAAGAUCGAGACACAAAAGAAACUGCGAACAAUAGAUAACGCUGUGACCAUUGGACUGACCAAUUUGGACAAACCUGGACCCUCGAGGAUACAAUCUAAUAAGACACCGCAAACUAGUCAGAAGAAAUCGAAGACUACUCGAGAGAAAACAACACAAAUGUAUCAGAAUUUGAGCACUCAGAGGCUGAAAGGGAGCGAAGACAUCGAUGAGGAUGUAAGCGAUUCUUCUUUGCUGGAAGAUGAGCAGCCGAGACCAAAGUAUAUUCUGGUUGGAUGGGACAGUUUUCGUUCGAAGCUGAUGUUGUUGUUGUUGAUACUCCUGAUUUUAUGGGCCGUUAUAUACUUUCCCUUAAUUGGAACAUGAAGUUUAUCUCGAAUUCGAUAUAAAA